AUGAACUCCGGGUUCUCGAUAGACGAGGCUAUUGCGAAGGGCGAGAUAAAAGCCCGCGCCAAGAAGAUGAAGAUAAAGGAAAAGAAGAGGGCAGACAGAGAGAGCAAAGUCUCUGCAGAAGUAGGCGCUCCAGAGGCAGAUACUCUCGGAAAACGGGAGAAAAAGGCAAAGUUAAGCAGAGUCCAGAGAACAGCUCUACUCGACGGAGCUGCUUCCACCACCCGGGAGAGCAUGCCCCAGAUAGAGGAGAAGGAGCUGAAGGAAGUCCUGAAGAUUGUGGUUAAGAUCCUGAAUACGAUUCCCCUGGGGCAAGAGCCAAUGCCAAAGUUCGAGGAAGACGCAAACCCCCACAGAAAAGCGAAGGGGGAGAGUCACAUGCGGAGAAGAGACAGAGUAUUCCCCGGAAAGAAAGGCCCUGGAUCUGCACAUAAGCCCCACGGGAGAUCCCCCAGAGAGAAGUCCCCGCGUGAAUAA